AUGUCUCGCUUCGCCGUCCUCGCCAUCGCGCUCAGCAUUGUCGUCGCCGCUGUUUUCGGCACUCCAGUCGCCGACGUGGACCUCGAGAAACGCGUCGACCACACUGGUCAGGCUACUUGGUACGAUGUUGGUCUCGGUGCGUGCGGCUACACCGACGUGGCCAGCAGCCCUGUCGUCGCCAUCUCGCACGACAUCUACGGCAGCGGUGGUAACUGCAACCAGUGGAUGCAAAUAACCAACAAAGCUAACGGGAAAGUCGAGUACGGUAAAACUCGCGACGAAUGCGAGGGUUGUGAUGCGACCUCCAUCGAUCUGAGCUCCUCGCUCUUCGAAUCUCUUGGUGCUCCGCUUAGCGAAGGUGUCCUCCAGGUGGAGUGGCACUUCAUGGCGAAGGGCUGGAGCCCUUAG